AUGGGGCUCCUCCACCACCCCAACGUCGCCCAAUCCCUGUCAGCCUUCGCAAACAUGUCCGAAUUCAAGCGCGCCCACGCCCACAUCAUCACUUCCGGCCUUCACAGAGACUCCUUCACAACAGCCAGACUCCUAGCCUUCUCCGCCAUCUCUCAAGCCGGCAAUCUUGACUACGCCAAGGUCCUCUUCGAGCACAUCGAACACCCCACCCUCUACAUGUACAACUCCAUGAUCGGAGGCCUCUCCCAGAGUCACACGCCCCUCGAUUCCGUCAGUUUCUAUGUCCGCAUGAGCCAUGCUGGUAUCUCACCUGAUAACUUCACAUUCCCUCUCCUUAUAAGAUCGUGCUGGGUCUCUUCGUGCCUUGAUCUCGGCCUCCAGUUGCAUUGCCAUGUUCUGAAGUUCGGUUUGGAUUGCGACGUCUUCGUCGUGAACAAUUUGAUUAGUAUGUAUUCGGGUUUUGAGGAGUUGGGUUGCGCCCGCCACUUGUUUGAUGAAUGUUCGGGAGUUGUAGAUGUUGUUUCGUGGACCGCAUUGGUGGCUGGGUAUUCGAAUUGUGGGGAGUUGGAUUCUGCGCGGUGGCUUUUCAAUCGGAUGCCUGUUAGGAAUGCAGUAUCGUGGAAUGCAAUGAUCGUGGGGUAUGCUCGGAGUGGCAAGAUCGGUGAAGCGAAGAAGCUGUUUGACGAAAUGCCUGAACGGAAUGUGGCUACGUGGAGUGGGAUGAUUUCUGGGUGCUCGCAAUGUGGGCUUUUUAAAGAGGCCUUGAAGCUUUUCGUGGACAUGGUCGGCACAGGAAUCAUGCCUAACAAGCCCGCAUUAGUUAGCGCAGUUUCCUGCUGUGCGCAACUAAGGGCCUUGGACCAAGGCGAAUGGCUCCACCAUUAUAUUAUGGAAAACAAGAUCGAGGUUGAUGUGGCGUUGGGGACAGUGCUUAUAGACAUGUAUGGUAAGUGUGGGAGCAUUCAUAGGGCCCUCCAAGUCUUCGAUGAGAUGCCCAUAAAGAACAUAUUAUCAUGGAAUUCUAUGAUAUCCGGCAUGGCCUUGAACGGCUGUGGUAAGCAAGCACUGGCCCUCUUUGGGCGAAUGUGGAUGAUGGGUCUUGAGCCAAAUGGCGUGACCUUCAUUGGAGUACUUAGUGCGUGCAGUCACACGGGACUGGUCGUUGAAGGGCAUCGGUUUUUCGAUUUCAUGACUCAAGUUUACGGUAUCAAACCUCAGUUAGAGCACUAUGGUUGCAUGGUCGAUCUACUUGGUCGGGCCGGGCUUAUUAAGGAGGCAUUGAGCUUUGUUGAGGGCAUGCCAGUCGAGCCUCACCCUGGUUUAUGGGGUGCCCUUGUCGGCGCGUGUCGAAUUCAUGGUGAAGUCAAGCUUGGCGAAGAAUUGGGGAAGCGACUCAUUGAUUUAGAGCCCCACCAUGGUGGGAGAUAUGUGUUGUUAUCUAAUAUAUAUGCAGCUGCCAGACGGUGGGAUGAUGUGGCCAUGGUGAGGAAGUUGUUGAAAGAUCGGAAGGUGCUCAAGGCAGCAGGGAAUAGUGCAAUGGAAGUAUAG